AUGGAGGAUACCCGGUCAGUUGCUUCGCUCAUGGACUCUACAUCAUCCAAGAUUCAGCAGCUUCAGAGGGCCUUUGCUGAACUAGAAAGCCAGCGCGCUGUAACACUUAAUCUGAAGUGGAAGGAACUUGAGGAGCAUUUUCAUGGGCUUGAGAGGUCCUUGAAGAGACGGUUUCAUGAGCUCGAAGAUCAGGAAAAGGAGUACGAAACCAAAACAAGGAAAGCACAAGAACUAUUAGAAAAAAAGAAGGCAGCUGUUGAGGCCAAGGAGAAGGCGUCGCUAGAAAGGCUUCAGAAGAAGAGAGAUGCAGCCAUGUUUGCUAUAAACAGUGCUUUGGAUAAGUACAACAACGCUCCAUCUGCAGAGCCCGUUAGUAUCACUUCUGUUGGUGAAGGUUGGGCACAAAAUGCUCUAGGGGAUUCACCCAAUGCCUUUGCUGCUGAUGGUAUUACUGAUGAUAAUCCGGAUGGUACUGUGCAAGAUGUUCUCAUCUCACCUGUGAUGGGAAAUUGUGAGGUGAAGGCUUAUCCACAGUUGCUGAAACUGUGUGGGGAUAUGGACUCAACAGGGCUCCAUAAGUUUGUAUCAGAUAACCGCAAGAACCUUGCAUCACUAAAGGAGGAGAUGCCUAUGGCGCUCAAGGCUGCAGCAAACCCAGCCAGCUUAGUGUUGGACUCUUUGGAAGGGUUUUACCCCAUGGAGGCACCAACCGCUGAUGGAAAGAAAGAUGCUAACCUCUUGGGCAUGCGCAGGACCUGUAUAAUGUUGAUGGAGUGCCUGAGCAUACUGUUAUCUGGUCUUGACCCCAACUCCCUUGGUACUGUUCUCUCAGAAAAUGUUAAGCACAGAGCAAAAACUAUUGCAGAAGGAUGGAAUCCACUGCUGGAAGCUCUUGACAUGGAUGCUUGCAAUGGUAAUUCUUUGGAGGCUCAUGCAUUCCUGCAACUACUGGCCACUUUUGCUAUUGUUUCCGACUUCAAAGAGGCUGAACUCUCGAGGCUGAUACCCAUGGUUUCACGUCGCCGUCAGGCAGCUGAGCUGUGCCGUUCUCUUGGAUUAUCAGAAAAGAUGCCUGGUGUGAUUGAAGUUCUUGUCAACAGUGGAAGACAUAUUGAUGCGGUUAACUUGGCAUUUGCUUUUGAACUCACAGAAGAGUUCCCACCUGUCUUGUUACUGAAAUCCUACUUGACUGAGGCGAGGAGAUCUUCCUCCCAAGGCAGACCUGUCAAUGCAUCUCCUGCUGUUCAGGAUGAGUUCAAUGAGCGAGAGCUUACAGGGCUUAAAGCCGUGAUAAAGUGUAUUGAGGAGCAUAACCUGGAAGAGCAGUACCCAGUUGAGCCACUUCACAAACGAAUUGUCCAGCUGGAGAAGGCCAAAGCAGAGAAAAAGAGAGCAACAGAAACCACAAAGCCUCAGCCAAAGCGACCGCGUGGUGCUCAACCCCGAGUCAGUGACAACAACAGCAGCAACAAGACAGGAUAUGGUAGAGUCAUCCCUGAAAGGUAUCCGCAGUAUGUUUAUGACAACAGACCGUUCUUUAGCGGUCCGAUUAUGGGAGCACAAGCUCCUCCGCAGACGUACACUUUCAGUCCUGCUGCGGCUCAUGGGAACUUCUAUGGGAAUUGCUAUCAGUACCAGGCUCCUCCCCCUCCUUACUUUCACUAG